AUGAUCUCAUUUGUUAAGUAACUUAUUCUAGUUAACCUAUGGCUCUAUUUGACCAAUGCAGAUUGGAUUCAGAUUGAUUCUAAUUUCAAUGAUACUUCAAUUGAUGAAAACGAUUGGAAAGUCAAGAAAAGUUGCGAUCAUUGUGGAGACAACUGUGAAUAAGAUUUCUAAUCUGGAUAGUGCGAUAAUUCUGUAAAUUCUUUAGAUUAUGCCUUAAUUAAAAAGGACAAAGCAAAACUUUAUAAGUCUUAUGAAUAUUAAAGUUUUCAAACUUAAAUAAUCUUUGAUGUAUAUUUUAACCGUGCAGAUAGAGAUAAAUUUUCAAGUUUAAGUGUUGAUUAUCAUGAAGACUCUUCAUCCACAACAAAUACGCUAUUUGAAAAAAAUUAUAAAGAAGCUGAUCUGACAUAAAAAUCAAACAGAAUUUGCACUGGAGGUUCAGAUACUGAAUUUGAUUAAUAUACUGUAGUAAGUAGUAUCUUAGAUAACAAUGCAGAGAAGUUUUGGAUUACAUUCUGCUUAGAUCCAGAGAAAGAUGAUGUAACAGUGUUUAUCAGAAAUUUACUCAUUUACGUAAAUACAUGUUAUCCAACUUGUAAAACUUGUAAUGGUGCAGCAAAAAAUUAGUGCCAGUCUUGUUAUUAUAACUCUGUAUCAUCUGGGUAAUGUUCAUGCCCAUCAGAUAAUUAAUUCGCCCAAACUACUGUUGGGUGUAGAUAAGAAUGUGAUCGAGAUUAUUUCAUAGCUUAAUCUGAUAAUAUUUGUGUGCCUGAUAGAAGAAUUAAAUCAAACGUUAAAUAUUUUGACUCUAAUUCAAUUUCCUCCUCUGUCUAUCCAAGAUACACACCAUUUGUAUUUAUUCCCGAUCUCUUAAAAUACUCAAAUACUGGACUUAUUUAUGAUGAUUGUGAUAGUAAAGAUUUUGUCGGUGAAAUUAAAUUUUGUGAGGGAAUGUUUUUAAGAAUAUAGAACAUAAAUGCUCUAAAGUUUAUCAGAUUAAGAAUAACACUUUAUCUUUUUAGUCUCUAAACGGACAGUAAAAUAGAAAUUUACUUAGAUGAUAUACUUUAAAGUUAAAUCAUAGCUUAAUCAGGAAGUUUCUAAUUUAAUUCAUGCACUAAAAUAUAUUCUAAAAGUGAUAAUUGCGAUUCUAAACCAUAUUCUUUAGUCAGAAUAGAAGCUAUUCUUAAAUCGUUUACUAACUCGCCAAUAUUAACUCUGUAAGGAAAAUUAUAAUAGAAUACAGAAUCUUGGGGAUUUAAUAAUGUAACCAUCGAUACAGGAUUAUGUUAAGAGAAUUGUAAAAUAUGUUCUAAUUUUAACGAUUGUUCACAAUGUGAAACUGGUUAUAUAUUAUACUAGAAUGGUUGUAUCUCCCAAUGUCCAGUUCAUUCCUCGAAUUGUGUCGACUACGCUGAUAUGAUACCUUAUUCCAGAUAUUUAGCAAAAGGAUUCUAUGAUAUGAAUAUGACAAGUUAACAAGUUUCAACUUUCUUUGAUUCAGUUACUAAUCCAACUACAAAUUUUAAAACAGGCUAAAAAUUUUCAUUUUUUCCCAAAAAGUUUGUUCUAGGAGGUGUCAUGGUUUGGAAUAAUGCCAAGUAUAUUAAAUCUUGGACAAUCUCUAAACCUCACUAUGCUGUUACCAUAAGAUUUAAUUUAACAUAUGGAGAUGAAUAUUCUGGUAAUUUUUAUUACUAAAUUGGAACUGAUUUGAGUACUGCCUAUGCUAUCCCACCUUCUGGAGGUUAAAAUGUUGUAGGUAGAAAUAAAUAAGAAAGAACCAGACAUUUCAAUAUUCUUAAAACCCCAUUCAAAACAUCGCCUUUGAAUAUUGAAUUCUAAUGUACAGGUGGUGAUUCAGAUAUCCGAUAAUAGUUUUGUGCUAUUUCAGAGUAUUUUAUUGUUGUGCAUUAUUGUCCUCCAUUUUGUGCUGAUUGUUCAAGUGAUACGGUUUGCAUAACAUGGGAAUCUGGCAAAACUAGUUCAUUAUGUGCUUCAAAUUAAUUUCAAACAUUUAAUUCAGCAACAGAAACAUAUACUUGCAACACCUGCACUUAGAUUGGUUGUCUUACAUGUAAUAACUUGGAUGAAUGUACAUCCUGCUAAUCAACUCAAUUUUCAUUAUAAAAUGGAGUUUGUUAAUGUUUUUCAUUCUAUUACCUUUCAGGGAGUACGUGUUUAAAAUGUAAUAAAUUUUGUGAAAAUUGCAAUGGUUCUAAUAAAAAUAAUUGCCUGUCAUGUGUUACUGAUUAUUAUAGAGCAAUCUUAUUUAAUACAUGUGUUUGUCAAAUAGGAUAUUACGAUGAUGGUGUUAAUUUACCUUGUUUGCCUAUAUGUGGAGAUACUCUAGUUGUUAAUGGAGAAGAUUGUGAUGAUGGCAAUAACAAUCCUUUUGAUGGUUGUCAUAAUUGCAAAUUUACAUGUGAUGAACCAUGUGCAAAUUGUGUAUCAGGAAAAUGUCUAAUAUGUUAAGAUGGAUAUAAGUUACUUUCAAAUAAAUGUGCUCCAAUAUGUGGUGAUAGUAUUGUUGCUAAGUUUGAAUAAUGCGAAGACAAUAACUUAACUCCAUAUGAUGGAUGUUUUAAAUGUAAAUUUUCAUGUUCUUCAAACUGUAUUGAUUGCUAUUUUGGGACCUGUCUCGAAUGUGAUGAAACUAAUGGUUGGUAUUUACAAAAUGAUAAAACAUGUGCAACAGAAUGUGGUGACUCCGUUAAAGUACCUUUAGUUGAGUACUGCGAUGAUGCUAAUUCAGAACCAAUGGAUGGGUGCGAUCAAUGCGUAUAUUCUUGUAAUAAGAAUUGUGUGGAAUGUAUUAAAGGAACUUGUGUGAUUUGCGAAGAUGGAUACACAAUAGAAAGACGAACAAAUACUUGUAUUGUUGAUCAUAUUUGUGGUGAUAAUCAAAUUACUAAGCCUAUGGAAACUUGUGAUGAUUAGAAUAAUUUAAGAUUUGAUGGUUGUUAUAAAUGUUAAUUCAGUUGUUAAGAUUCUUGUACAAAUUGUUAAAAUUAUGGUUGUUUAGAAUGCAAUACAGAAGGAUGGGAAUACAAUGAUAUUCUAUUGAAAUGUGAGCCUAUUUGUGGAGAUGGCAUUAUACUUAUUAAUUACGAAGAAUGUGAUGAUUUGAUUAGUGUGAAUUGUUAAAGUUGUAGAUUCUAAUGUUAAGACACUUGCGAACUUUGCUAUAAAGGCUUAUGUCAUAAAUGCAAAAAAGGAUGGCAAUUGGAUAAAUUUUAUAACAGUUGUUAUCCAAUAUCUGGAGAUUCAUUAAUUGUUGGUUCUGAAGAAUGCGAUGACUUUAAUAGAAAUCCUUAUGAUGGUUGCUAUCAGUCAUAAUAUCAAUGUUAAAUGGCUUGCAUUAAAUGUGAACUUGGGAAGUGUAAAUAAUGUCAAAAUGGAUAUUUUAAUUUUAAUAAUCUCUGCUAUGAGAUUAUUGGCGAUGGACUAGUUGUUGGUAAAGAACAAUGUGAUGAUGUCAAUCUAUCAGCAUUAGAUGGCUGUUUUUAAACUAAAUUUGAUUGUCCUUAAAAUUGCUCUGCUUGUGUUAAAGGAGAAUGUUUGGAUUGCAAUAAGAGUUCUGGACAUUAAGUAGAUAUACUUAGAAAUAUUUGCAUUUCCAAAUGUGGAGAUAAAAUUAAAUCAAUAGAUGAAGAUUGUGAUGAUGGAAACGAUAUUGCUUAUGAUGGAUGUUUUAAUUGUUAAUUUUAAUGUGACUUAUAUUGCUAUCUUUGUUUUGAAGGUUAAUGCAAAUAAUGUUAAGUUGGAUAUUACCUGAACAAAAAGAAAAAUCAUUGUUUUAGCAUUUGUGGAGAUGGCAUUUCUACUCAUGAUGAAGAAUGUGAUGAUGGUAAUAAUAUUUUAAAUGAUGGAUGUUCUGAUUGUAAAUCUUAAUGUCAUUAACAAUGUACUACAUGUAUAGAUAAUCACUGUUAUGAGUGCAAAGGAAUAGGUUGGGAAUUAAACUUAACAACAAGAUAAUGUUAACCUGUCUGUGGAGAUGGUGUUGUUAUUGGCGAUGAAUAAUGUGAUGAUGGCAAUGAUUUAGGUGAAGAUGGAUGUUUUGAAUGUUAUUAUUAAUGUUAAAAUCAGUGUACUAAAUGUUUAAAAGGCUUUUGUGAAGAAUGUGAUACAAUGGGUUGGUAUUUAGAAUGGAAUUAAUGUUUUCCUUAUUGUGGAGAUAAAUUAGUCGUUGGAAAUGAAGAAUGCGAUGAUGGCAAUAUAAUCCCCUAUGAUGGUUGCUAUCAAUGCAAGUAUCAAUGUUAGGAAUAAUGCACUGAUUGUCAAAAAGGUGUUUGCUAUAAAUGCGAAGUAAAAGGUUGGACCUUAUUGAAUAAUCUUUGUAACCCUCUCUGUGGAGAUGGAUAUGUUGUUUAAGGGUAUGAAUAAUGUGAUGAUGGGAAUAAUUUAUAAUAUGAUGGAUGCUAUGAAUGUUUCUAUCAAUGCGAAGAAAUUUGUACUUUUUGUGACCGAGGAAUAUGUUAUGAAUGCAAUAAACUAGGUUGGGUUGUAGAAAAUCAUCAUUGUUUACCAUAUUGUGGAGAUGGAUUGGUAAUAGGAUAUGAAAAGUGUGAUGACAUGAAUGAUGAUUUCAAUGAUGGAUGUCACCUUUGUUAAUUUGCUUGUGACCAAUUUUGUAUUGAUUGUUAAGAAGGAGUAUGUUAGUAAUGUGAACCUGGGAGAAAUCUAGAUAAGAAUACUUGUUAGACUAAAUGUGGAGAUGGCUAUUUUGUGAAAUUAGCAGAGUAAUGUGAUGAUGGGAAUAAUGAUGAUGGAGAUGGUUGCAAUAGACAUUGUGUAAUUGAAACCAAUUUUAUUUGUCUCAAUACUGAAGGCAGCUUUUCUAAUUGUUUCUACUCUAAAAUACCAGAAUUUAAGUUAAAUCUAAUAACAAAAGUACCUGAAGAUUAUGAAGAAGUGGAUUUAGUAUUUGAUUAGAAGAUGAAAUUUAAUGAAAACCUUGUAGGUGAUGUGACUAACAAUAUAGAGACUGAAAUUAUAAAUCUUAGAACUAGUGACUAUUUUGUAACUCAGUCUAUUUAAAAAUCAAGUGAUGAAAUUAGCGAAAUUGUCAUUAGAUUUAUGAUUAAUUUUUAUGUUCCUAUCGAUGAACCUGUCUUUAAAGUGAAAUUUUUAAAUAAUCCUAUCAUAUCAGAGUUUAACUUGACAUUAGAAGAGGAUUAAAAAUCUCUCUAAUUGUUAACACCAAUGGUUUUAACUGCAGAUUAAAAGGCCAUUGCUGAAAGUGCUACUGUCUUUAAUGAGGCAAUCAUUUAUUCAUUAGCAGGCAUCUCAUCAAUUUGCUUAUUAACAGGCUCUACUGAAAUCUUUUGGAAUUUAAUGGACCAAUUACAAUACUUGUCCUAUAUCAAGUACGUGAAUAUACAAUUUCCAAAUAAUUUAAAUAUAUACUUCGACAUUUUCAACUUAGUAACAAUCUCUCCGCUAAUGAAAACUUUAGGGAUUGAUUCAAUAUUUAAUUCUCUUGACGGUGAAGCCACAUAUUUUGUUAAAACUUAAUCCAAAUUUGAGAAGGAUGAAAUCAAUGCCUAUUUUUUUAUAAAUUUCUAGAGUUUUCUAUUUUGCUUUAUCACAGCUUAUUCUGGGUAUUUACUUACUUAUUAUUCUCAUUGUGCCCUUUAUCGUUUGGGCCCAUACUAUAUUUCCAAAGUAACCUUUGGUAUGGGAAAAAAGAUUCUAGAAUUUAGAAAGACCUUGAAAAAAAAAGCCAAAGAAUUUUAUUAUAAUGGAAUUUUGAGAAUUUUUAUGUCAAAUGCUUAUGACGUAUGCUUUGCAACAACUAUUUAAUUAAACUAUUUUUAAAAAGAAGAUCCUAUUUUAAUAUUUAAUUCUUAUCUCUCACUAUUUGUAUACUUAUCUUAUUUAGGCAUUUCAAUUUACUCUUUAAGUAUCAUGCAUCACUUUAAUGAUUCAACUAGCAUAAAAAAGAAAAUUUAAUAUGAUGCACUUUUUGAUGGAAUCCAAGAAAAUAAAUCAUAUUGGAUUACUCAAUAUAAUUCUAUCUUAUUGAUUAAAAAGUAGAUUUUCAUAUCUAUUAUUGUUUUUAUGUAAAAUGAAGGCUAACUAUAAACUGUUUGUGUAGCAAUCAAUUAAUCAUUCUUUUUGGGCUAUAUGAUUCUGAAUAAACCCUUAUCGAAUAGCUUCGAAUAUUAUAAAAUGGUGUCCACAGAGUCCAUUCUCAUAUUUAAUGUUUUAACCUUUUUGAUAUAUUCCAAUAGAGUUGAAUUGGAAUUAACAUUGUAAUAAUGCAUAAACAUAGGCUGGGUUCAUAUUUUUACAUCUACUAUGAUUUUAGCAAUUUCUCUAAUUUUCGACCUAAUACAACAGAUGAAAUUAUUAAUCCAAAAAUUGAAACCACGCUUUGGUCAUUAAUCUUUACAAGAGACAGGUGCUCCGAUUACUCUUUUUUAUUGA